CGAUUGCGAUACGCGUCGAUUGCGUGCGGAAGCAACAUGUCGCGUCUUGCCUGAACGGAGCAUUCCGCACGGUUUGACAGUUCGCUCGCGUCUCUCUGUCCGUGCGUCACCCAUCCGUCUCUUCUCUGUCCGCGUCCGAAUCGUGCAUCCCCGCCUGCGUCUCUCGAACGCGUCCGUCGAUGUCCCGGUGCGAUUAUGACGUCGCACCGCGAGUCGCUAAUCCGACGUAGUGUCCUCCACCGAGGCGAACCUAACCCCGAGACAAUGAACCGCCCUGUUCCCGAGACGUUCUCCUAAUCGCGAGCGGAUUUCUGCGGGGCAUCGUACGGAUUUUUCGAUCGUCUUGAGCUUGAAGAAGGAGGGUCGACCAUGGGUCUGCUGUUCGCGAAGCUGUGGAGCUUCUUCGGCACCGAAGAGCAUAAGAUAGUUAUGGUCGGUCUGGACAAUGCCGGAAAGACAACUAUAUUGUACCAAUUCCUGAUGAAUGAGGUUGUUCACACGUCUCCGACCAUUGGAUCUAAUGUGGAGGAAGUGGUGUGGAAGAACAUUCAUUUUAUCAUGUGGGAUCUAGGUGGCCAGCAAAGUCUGAGAGCCGCCUGGUCCACUUAUUACACAAACACCGAGUUUAUCAUUAUGGUGAUAGACAGUACAGAUCGUGAGCGACUCGGUGUAAUUAGGGAAGAGUUAUAUUCGAUGUUGAAUCACGAGGAGUUGAGCAAGGCCAAUGUUCUGGUGUAUGCCAACAAGCAAGACUUGAAGGGCAGCAUGACCGCUGCUGAGAUUUCAAGGCAACUGGAUCUAACGUCUAUCAAAAAACAUCAAUGGCAUAUACAGAGCUGUUGUGCACUCACGGGAGAAGGGCUGUACCAGGGUCUGGAAUGGAUUGUCGGACGCUUGAAAAAAACAUGACGUACAUUAUGAGAAUUGAUUAUAAAUCUAACGAAAUAUCCAAAAUGUAAAUUACAUUAUUAACAUAAGUAUCUCAGAGUUAGAAACACACACACUUUGACGGUUAUACGAAAGAGGAAAGCAGCCUAGACAAGAGGUCGUAUUUAGUUAGUCAUUAUUUAAAUCUCCCGGUAUGACUCUCAAAGUGCAUCUGAUCGCGUUAUUACAAACGGUGGACGGGUGAGUCUGCUCAUCAAGCUAUUAUUAUAUCGCGCUGUAAGAUACAAACGCAAUAGAAACGCACGGCUAUUUAUUAGUGAUAGAGAGAAAGUUUGGUAUUAAUUAUUAUGUAAAGUAUAUUGGUACCGAGAGUUUUCUCUGGUCUACAGUAUACAUUCAAUGCGGAACGAAAAUGAAAUAAAGAAAAAUAAGAUAUUAAGUGCGCAUAUUAAAAAAGAUAAUAAUUCUUUACUCGCGAAACACGUACGAAAUAUGCACGCAUUUAACUGCCAUAAACGAUUAUCAAAUAUGUAUCGAGCCAUAAAUUCAUAGUUCAGUCGCUUCCAUUAAAAGUAUUAUAUCGAUUGCUUAUGCAAAUUAUAUUACGUGACUGAGGAGCGCGAGACUUUUCAUCCCGUCCACCUGCACUCGACAAUGGAAAAAACAGACAGAUGAAGAUAUAACUAACUAGUUAUUUCUACUCAGUUGACAUAUAUAAGAGCGCAACAAAAGUGCACCUGUGUACAUAGUUUUUUAUACUUCUCGUUAAGAGAGCGUGCUAUGUAAGAAACGAAGACCGGAAAAGAAAAGAAUGUCGGACGAGGGAGGGUACGAGAUUUAACGACGUUUACGUUUUACGUAAAAGGGCCCGAGCAGAUUCGCGGCAAGGUCACCCGAUCGAUGAGAAACCUUUCGUGGCAGAAUACGAACUGCUCUGUGAUACGUGGAUUCAAUUCUGAGACAGUUGUUUGCUGGACAGAUAACGAAAGAUACGAAUGAUGGAAAAGCAAUCAAGGAUUAAUAGAUAAAACUGAUAACGCGUGUAGGAAGACUGACGAUAUCUUCCAAGAUAAAACGCACAGAUAGUAUCGCGAUUGGUGAAUGAAAACUCUUGAAUAAAAAAAAACUCGUGCGCUUUCUCGCUGAUUAUUUUUCUUAGUCCUUUCGAUUUAUUUCCUUUUAUUUUUUCUAGAUCGACCAAGAGCAGCUUUAAAAGCAUCUUAAUUCUAAUUAAUAUACGUUACUAUUACAAUUAUUCUAAUUGUUGUAAAUAGUUGUUAUAAUUAUUUUAUAAUUUAAUUGUCUAAGCAUUCACCCGCGAUUACUAUAUGCCGAGAAAAUGACGAGAGGGACGUUCGCAAGGAAAUUGCAACAAAAUUUUGCACGAAAUUUCCUUGUUUCCCCCCAACUGACAGCUGUCUCGAUUUUGUUUUUUAUUUAAAUUAAGUAUGUACCAUCUAUCUUUUAUGUAGCGCGUAAAAUACUCCAAUAGAUAUAAUAUUAACAUUGUGUAGCUUAAAUGAAAAAAAGGAACUAUAUCAAUGCUGAGAGAAAUUACCGGAUCAACGGAUAUACGCCAAAAUUAAUUAUAGGAAAUUGUUAUUAACAUCACCGCGCGAGAAAUAUAAAUGCCGUCUAAUGCAAGAGUGAGAUCUUAACGCUUAAAAGUUACAUAAAAGUUAAUUACGUCAGCUUUCUCAUAUUGAGAGAGAAACGGGUUCUAGAUGUUGAUGACAUAUGAUGUAUCUCGUGUGCACAUUGUUUCCCCGUUUCGAAAUUCUAUACGCGGGGCUAUUAUGUCGAAUUUAUCCUCGGACGUGUCCGUCUUCUCUAUGUAAUUGUGUAAAAAACUUUUGUGAAAUGUAAAGUACAAGACAUAGGUUGUUUUAACAUUAAUCGAUUGUUGACGGAGCGUAAAAAAAAAGAAGAUAUAAUUCGUGCUGGUUUUGCGAAUUCCUCACGGUUUGACCGUCGAAAUAACCAUUAUGAAACAAAUCAAUUUUCGCGAUUUAUUGAUCUUUACCUAUUAAUAUUGUAUAAUAUGUAUAAGCCCCAGGGGAAGUGUCCCCUGUACAACUUUAUUAAGUAAAGGCUAAAAUGUGCGAUGUCAAAUAAAUCAGUUUCUAUCAAUAAGAAACAGA